ACAGCCUAUCGGGUCUACUUCACUCGAUUAGUUCGGCUCCGCAGUCGACAGCUUCGAGGGCGCCGCCAAGUCUAUCGUCUCCUAACAGACCUCCUCUCUUCGACCUCAUUUUCCUCACUUUUUCGAACUAAACAAUCGAAUCAUUUGAGAGUGGCUCAUCUGGCUGGUCCUUAUUGGCUGGCUGGUCUUCGGGACCAUGCCCUUCUUGGCCUGCCGGAAGCCUUGGCCAGUCAGGUGCAUGCUCCUUCACUGGUUCUGGUUGGCGGCCCCUCUUUCUCAGCCUCUGCCAAUGCCACAUCUACAGCCUCAGCAGCCUCUAGCACAGCCUUUCAUGCACAGCAUAUGGCGGUUUCGGCAUCAACUACCUCUGCUGCCACGGCUUCCAUUCUUACUCCCAUCUCUUUUGAGCCAACCGCCCUCACCAAUGCCAGUGCCCGUGGUCUUGAUCGAAUACGCGGUCUCUACCAGCGCCAUUGGCCAGUGCUGUUGCUGGCCACAGCUCUUUGGCUCGAUGCUGAAAGCUGGCAUCCUCGUGGUCUUCGUUUCCCCGUUCAACUUUCUCAGUCGUCUUCUGCUUUGGCCAACGGUAGGGAGGAAACAGCAGACAACGAUGUGGGUGUCACUGAUACCUCGUCGGCUAUCGACAGCGGAGAGGCAGACGUACACGCAGCACUAGGGGCUACAGCAUUUGCUGCCCAGGAUCGUCAGAACUCUGAACGAUUUUUCCUACUCUUGGGCAUGUGUGUGGAGGCGAUGUGCAAUUUAGUAUCGAAGCAGCCGUUAUCAGUGAUCAAGAACUGCCUUCGUUCGCUCAGCUAUCUAUUGGCCAAGCCCUGGCCACGAGCCGCACUUCUCAGAAACUCGCGACUAGCUGUUGAAUUGCUGAAUGUCAUGCAGCGGUCAGAGCAAGAUUAUUUGUUGUGA